AUGAAGUAUCUUGUAGCUGCACUAGCAGUAGUUCAACUAUCUUUAGGGGAUGAGGUCUCCACCUCCCUUCUCACUUCUCCGAUUCUCAGAACUAACGGUUCCUCAAUCACUCGUGUCAGGUCAAAGAGACAAUGUUGUGCAAUGUGCCCAUCAGGUAACUGUGGAUGUGGUUCGUGCAAUGGAUUCGGACCGGCAUGUGGCCAGCAGUGCAUGCCACUUUGUCUUCCAGCAUGCAUUAAUGCUAUCCAGGGACCAACAGAAUGUGCUCCACAAUGUAUGCCUUCUUGCUCAUCGUCUUGUAUUCAGCAAGUCUUCCCUAGCUGCCCUCAACAAUGUCAACCUGUCUGCACUCCACAAUGCAUCCAAUCAAUUCAAGUAGCCAUUCGCCCAACUUGUGCUCCGUCCUGCAUGCCCUCCUGCUCUUCUUCCUGCAUUCAGGACUAUGAAAUCAGUAUCAAACAAGAGUCCUGCGUGUCUGCAUGCAUGCCAUCCUGUACACAGUCUUGUGUCCAAGCAGUGACAUGCAGUACCUGUACAAACAACUGUCCUUCCAUCUGCACGCAAGCGAACUGCAUUCCACAGUGUAUGCCAAGAUGUCUACCAACCUGCAUUCAACAAAUCCAAAUUUCGGUUCCCGCACCAAUGCCACCACCCCCACGAUGUGAUUCAAUGUGCAUGCCAUCUUGCUCAUCAUCCUGUGUUCAACAGUACUCAAUGUGCCCACAACAGUGCCGCCCAAUGUGCACCAACGCUUGUGUCACCAAUCUCCAGGUCUCCAGACCUGUAACCCAGUGUCUUCCAGCUUGUAUGCCAUCGUGCACAUCUUCCUGUGUUCAAUCAAUGUGUCCACAGCCGUGCUACCCAAGUUGUGAUAUGGGAUGUAUUCAACAGUACUCCGUUCAAAUGGCUCCAUCCCCAUGCGCUUCUCAAUGCAUGCCUAUGUGCGAGAGCAGUUGUAUCGCUAGGGUAUCACUACGAAAAUUGGAAAGUUUCCCACAUCACCAAGUUUUCCAGUUGUCGUGCGUCCAAACCUGUAUGCCCGCUUGCAGUCCGACAUGUGUUCAGACAUAUGCUCCGGUACCAAUUCAAUGUGCUCCAGCUUGUAUGCCUCUGUGUCAACCAACAUGUGUUCAACAGCAUGCUGAAGUUGUAGUCGCUUGCGGAGUCCCAUGUCAGUGCCAGCCAGGAUAUGUUCAAUGUUCACAAAACCUCUGCUGUUUGAAAUACAAGAACAUGGCAGCAAAGUUUAGAAAACUUAGUGGCAACUCUAAUAAUGGUAAUAACAAUGGAAAUGGCAACAACAGCAAUAAUAAUAAUAGCAACAAUAAUAACAACGAAGAAGAAGAUGAUGACAGUAGCAAUGCAGGCAGUUACACGGAGCCAAUGAGAGAUUCUCCGAAAAGUUCGAAGAGCAAUGCAACGGAUUCUGAAGAAAAAAAUAUUGAAAACAAGACGUUAUCAGUAUUCGCUAACACCCAAAUGGACGGCGACUCGUACAUGAAGGCUUAG